CAGGGCUGGGCCCGGAGCUUCCUGCCGGGAGGUGGGUCUGGGCCUGCGAGGCCGGAAGGAGGGGAAUCCCGGACAGCCCGGAGCCAGCGCGGGAGGAGGGGGUGCCCGGGCCCCAGCAGAUGGCUGACACCUCAGGACUCCUGGAGGCGGCCGGUGCCUCCCAGGUGUCAGCCACCUGGCUGCCGCCCAGCCCCCCGCCGGCCAUGCCCACGGAGCCCUCGGGGCUGCAGAUGGACCGCGGGGGGAACAGCUCGCAGGCCGCCCCCCAGCUGUUCCUCACCAGUGCGCUGGCCCGCGGCAUCUCCGGCGUUUUCGUGUGGACCGCCCUGGUGCUCACCUGCCACCAGAUCUACCUGCACCUGCGCGCCUACACGGUCCCCAGCGAGCAGCGGUACGUCAUCCGCCUGCUGCUCGUGGUGCCCGUCUACUCCUUCGACUCCUGGCUCAGCCUCCUGCUCCUGGGGAGCCAGCAGCACUACGUCUACCUGGACUCGCUGCGGGACUGCUACGAAGCCUUCGUCAUUUACAGCUUCCUGAGCCUGUGCUUCCAGUACCUGGGCGGGGAGAGCGCCAUCAUGGCUGAGAUUCGGGGAAAGCCCAUCCAGUCCAGCUGCCUGUACAGCACCUGCUGCCUGCGGGGCACGGCCUACUCCAUCGGCUUCCUGCGCUUCUGCAAGCAGGCCACGUUGCAGUUCUGCGUGGUGAAGCCGGUCAUGGCCCUGGUCACCAUUGUCCUGCAGGCGGUUGGCAAAUACCACGAUGGGGACUUCAACGUCCACAGCGGCUACCUGUACGUCACCCUCAUCUACAACGCCUCCGUCAGCCUGGCCCUCUACGCCCUGUUCCUCUUCUACGUCGCCACCAGGGAGCUCCUACAGCCCUUCGAGCCCGUCCUCAAGUUCCUCACCAUCAAGGCCGUCAUCUUCCUCUCCUUCUGGCAGGGGAUGCUGCUGGCCAUCCUGGAGAGGUGCGGGGUCAUCCCUGAGGUCCAGGGCAUGGACGGGAGCAGGGUGGGCGCCGGCACGCUGGCCGCCGGCUACCAGAACUUCAUCAUCUGCGUGGAGAUGCUCUUCGCCUCCAUCGCCCUGCGCUACGCCUUCACCUGCCAGGUGUACGCGGAGAAGAAGGACAACUCGCCAGCACUACACGCAGCAGGCCACCCAGGAGGCCCCGGGGCCCGGCGCCCUCCCCGCGGUGGGCGGGGACCGGAGGAGCCGCAGCAUGGAGAAGAGGAUGCUGAUCCCCUUGGAGGAGUCGUAGGGCCGGGUGGUCUGGCUGCUGGGAAAGGGCAGGGCUCCUCGCCCCUGACCCUCCGCCAAAGGUCCACCCCUCCCAGAGCCUCCUGCCCGGCCCGUGGCAGAGGGCGCCUGCGCCUGUCCAGGAGCCCAGGGACCCGCCGGUGCAGCUGGCCAUGCCCUCAGGGGCCACGUGGCCGCCCUGACAGCGGGUCCCAGGCUGGGCGGCUGCAGGCGACAGCGUCAGCUCAGGCUGUGGGCGGGUCUCGGCUGGGCCUGGCUCUGGUCCUCUUGGGCGCUGCUGCACAUCCCUCAGCCACGGAGCCCUGGCCAGCCCUCACCCCGGAGGUGCUCCCCGUGGGGGCCUGGGGUGCCGGGGCCACCAGCCGGGUUAUUUAUACAUAAACCCCUGGGUUUGCUAUGACUCUCGUGGCCUCUGUCCCGGCAGGGCCGGUGCUGGUGGAUGCGGGGCGCGAGGUGGAAGGUGCCCAUGGUGCCAAGUCUGGGAAUUGGGGGCAGCGUCCCAGCUCCGAGCCGGACAGGAUGAGGAGCUCACCCCACCACCGAAUGCCCUGCCCUGUGCCCCCUGAGGCGGGGGCACGCGCGGCCUCCUCUGUGCCAGCCCCACCCUCCGUGGGAGGUCACGCGCGCAAAGCCCCACAGGCGGGAGGAGCUGAGACCUGGAGGCGCCUCCUGUCCUCUCCCUCGUGGGACACGCGGCUGCAGAGCUGGGGGAGCGGGUCUGGGUGCUGCCCGCCCUCUGGGAGCCUGGAGGUUGGGGUCACCAGAUGGGCAGGGCCUAGCAGGAGGUGCAGCAGAGGCUGCAAGUCUUGGUCGGCCCUGUGUCUGGGUGUCCAGCAGGUAGGGUGGGAGCUGGGGGGGGUGUGGGGGGCUGGGCAGCGGCACGGGCGCCUGAGCGCCUACAGGCAGGAGGCCCAGUGGCCACCGCCCCGCGCCCCCCCCCCCUCCGGGCCGCCUGCUCCCGUGUCACCAAGGAAGGAGGCAGAGGUGCCAAGUCCCAGACUCACCAGACGGACUGGCCAGCGGUGUCCACGAUGGGUGGGGUCUUCCCUGCCCCUUGCUCCCUGUGCCUGGGACUCCCUGAUAAGACAGGCCGGGCCUCCCCUGCGCCCGCUGGAGAGUCCCCCACGACUUAUCUCGGGCUCUGCAGCUGGCGGCCCCCCCACGUCUCAAUCCGCGGUUUGAAAGCGGAGGAAGAGGUGCCGACCACGCAGGGGCCUUCUGGAGGCUGCGGGCGGGGAAGCGCCAGGCCCCGCUGUGAGCCAGGGUGCUCCCCGCACCCCCCCGCGGGCCUGGCUGCCCCAAGCUGUGCGCGCGGAUAGUCAGAGGCCCAAGGGACACGCGUGGGCUGCCGGGCGCCGUGGGCCAGCUGUGCAGGUGGCAGUGCUGGGCUUGGUGCUUCGGAGGGAGAGGAGGUCGGCGUUUGCCAAGCACCUGGCCAGACCGCACGCCCUUCCUCCUCGCGACAGCCCGGGAGGCGGCCCGGCCCAGAGAGGCUGAGCCACCUGCCAGGUCACAGCUGCAGAGACCUGUCCUCUCCCAUCCUGGCCCCGCGACACCUGUCGUGGGCAGAACAAAGUCCAGCCAUGAGGACAAAACAGGUGUCCAGGCUCCUGCCUGUGCAGGUGAGGGGACCAUGGAGCCGGUCAGGGCUGCUGCUCAGGCCUCUGGGGCCUUGCCCUCCGAGUGGGGGGGCCUGCAGUGGCCACACAGGCAGGCGCGGCUUGUCUUGGCCUCAGUAUUCUCAUCUGUAAAAUGGCCCCAGCGAUUCACAUAGAGGGCCUGGGGGACAGGGAGCCCAGUGGGGAACCAGGGCCUCCUCCCCAGCUCACACGCACAGGCUGUGACCAGCUCCAGAUCUGGAGGCUCCCCGAGGAGGAGCAGGGUUGGUUGCAGGGGGUCUGCUCGGCUGGGAAACAUCAGUGGUUGCCACUGACAAGCUCAGGGUGACAGUGGCCAUUGCCGAGGCUGCAUCCGUGGACUGGGGCCCCUGGCCAGCAGGUGGGACCCUCCGAACCCCGUCCACCAGCCAGGGAGUGAGCCUGCUGCCCCUCCCACCGGGUGACCCGCUCACAGCAGCACCUGAUUUGGGUAAAGGGAUGUGGGGGGACCACCAACCACACAGCAGGACAAACCUGAAACCAGAAAAGUCUUUAUUGCAAAGGUACAAAAGCGUCACAGCAGAGAUGUACAGCAAUAAAUUAGGCGGUGGUGUGGGCGCAGCACGGGGCACGCCCACAGGAACAAGGGCCACGCAGAGGGUCUCCUCAAUAAUUUAUAUCGGGGUCGAAGCAGCACAAAAAUAAAUAUUGAAAUGAAAUUGCUGAGUGCUGAGGUGAGGGGGUGAGCUGCAGACGGAGCCUGCCCUGGGGCGGCAGGUGCCCUCGAAGACUUCGGUCUGAGCACAGGCCCUCGCCUCUCCUCUUAAAUAAAGUCCAUAUAUUAAA